UCUAUUUUUUGCCAGUUAUCUGGCGGCUUUUCCACAGGAAGUUCAUAGAGACAGACGCCUCCCAUCCCACUCCCAGUCUCACCGCCUCUAUAACACACUCCACUGCUUUAUAUGCAAUACUGAGCAAGGCUCUAGUCCUCGUUCAAACUUAUAACAACUAUGUACAUUUCUCAUAUUAUGUCUACGGAUUUAUUUUGAAGCUUUAUUUAUUUUAACCUGUUUAUGGAACUGGUGUUUUACUAGGAUCCCACCAAGUCAUGUGGACAAUAUGAGUGCAGUUUUACAGGAGCAUCACAUAAAUCCCAAAGACCAGAUCCAAGCCCAGUGUCUUCCCAAUGGGCAAUUUGUUCACCCAGUGCCAGAAAAGUGUUGCCAGAAACAGGGAUGUAAGCUACCAAUUUUUUCCAAAGCAAGAUCAAGCUCAACACAGGGUCACGGUUUAAAUUAUUACCUGAAGAGACACACUAAACAAAACCUAAGGCCUGCUAAUUCGGAACAGCACCCACUGAAAAACCAAAGGAAGGAGGUACAGACACAAUGGAAGGAAUCACGACUGACAGAGGACGUGAAACAAAGGCAGGAGUCAAAACUAUGGAAAAACAUAAAUUGUAAAGAGGGCUCUAUGCAAUGGGAGGAGCUUGCACAAGCAGAUCUGGAUGAACAGGACAAUAUACUAGAACAGGGGGAUGAUUUGGGUUGUGGAGAGGAGCUGGCACAGGGGAAUGGGUUCGACUGGCAGCUAGGUUUAGAACAGAGGGAGGGAUUUAACUUACAAUGCAAAGAUCUAAGCUCCGUGAAACUCCUCUCUGACUCUUACUGUAAAGAGGGGGAAAUGGGAGGAGUGGACAGACGGCUUAAUAUAGAAAAGGAAUGGAAGGAAGUAGUUCUGAAUGGGAAAAAAAGAUCACUUGUCACACCUGAAGAUUCCAUAUUCUCAUCUACACACACGAUCCAUCAGCAAAUAGUGCACAAAGAUGGAAUAAACCGAAACAAAACACGCCCACCGGUAACAUUGUCUGACAAAACAUAUACUAAUGACAUGUUCACCGAAUCAAAAUAUCUAACUGGAUUUUAUUCAAAUGGCAUGUGCACAAACAAACUCAACGCAGAUGCUUUGACCCCAGAUCGAACUGACAUAGUCACCACGUUCCCAGAGGUGUGUGAUGCAGGUGAGGCAUUGGCAGACCCUGAUGGCUUUUCUGAGUGUGAUCUCUUUGAACAUAUUGAGAUCUCUUGGAAGUCAGGAGUUGAAGAUGUGAGUGAAUGUGGAGACACAGUAAUGCUUUCUGUGGAAGAGGACUCAGAGAACUCAAAUGAAUCACUGGGUGCUUUUGGGGAGGAUGGUGGUGAAGUGGCAAAAGAACUGGAACAAAAGAAGCCAGUGAAAAACAUUUCAUUGUUCAGAAUUUCUCACUCAGACCCAACAGUUUAUCCAAAAUCUGAGAGAGAAGCUGAAGUGCUUUCUGAGUUUUCUGAUCAUUGCUCCUCUUCAUUCUGCUCAUCUGAGUCUGAGGUGACUUCAGAUGAUGUAGAAGGAAAGGAGACCAGGCAAAAUAAUGAAAAUGCCCAGAAUGGCCCAGAGACAGAACAAAUUGUAUCAACCGAGUUAAAAGCAGAUGACUAUGACAUAGCUAUUCCAAGUGCCUCGUCCACUGUUUCUCCACAACCUGAAGAGCAAAAGAUGCAAGAGGACUGUUACAAUGGAAAAGAAAGAACAGACAUUUCAUGUGGUAUGACAGUUAUGGCAACAAAGAUGUUAGAAGAGCACGUGUAUGAAGAAACUGAGCCGAAGUUCCAACCCAAAGACCUUUUGCAGUCCAGGAAGUAUUUAAUGACACGUUCGAUAUCCGUGGAAACCCCCAGACUGGAUUCAUUUAGCACCACAAUAUCAGGAAAAGGACGUUUAAUGCUACACCCACAGUCAUACUAUACACGACAUAAUUAUCUAGGAGAUAGUUUGCCUGCUUUCACUGGUUCAUUAGGAUGUCUCUCACCGGGAAAUCCUCCCCCACCUCCGCUGGAUAUACCACCUCCUUUUGAACUGUCUUCUAUCACAAGACGGCCAAUUAGAAAGAGUACCCCUGCUUUGCCAAGUGAUGUGACCGCCUGUAAUAGGAAACUUGACUUUGGCCUCAAACGUUAUUUCUUACCAUUACGGUUUCUGAGAAAAACUGAAAGAAGGACAGAUAGUCGCUCGGUGUCAUCUAGGUCAUCUUCAGAAUCAAGUCCUCAGGGCUCUUGUCGAAGGUUAAAUUUAAUUCGGCAAUGUACAGACAGCCCUGAAUUUCACAGAGCAUAUGACAGUUCAGGACCUUCAUCCCCAUCUUCUUUUCGUUUACACAAGGACAUGCAUAGGCAAGGUGUAAGCCCUCCUUUAAAUAACAGUUUUGGUUCAUCUAGUCCCAACUCAUGGGAUAUGUUAAGGGUGGAGUCAGAUGACUUGAUCCACUCCCUUUUUACACAGCCUUUCCCGCUUUCGAAGCCUCGGUCUUUCUCUUCCCCAAAUGUGGACUUCUCAAUUUAUGAGAAUGUUUUAAAUACAAGUCCUCACUAUGAAAAUGUGCAAGUCCGCCUUUUAUCACCCUCCAAUCAGAAUCAACGAAACCAGAGCUCAGCUAAUGACACUGAUGGUUAUGUGGAUAUGAGCAGCCUACAAAGCUUUCAGAGCAAAAGUUCAGCAAACGAACAAGAGACUGAGAGUGCUUACACAAUCUGCUCUCCUAUGGUGAGGUCAGAUGGAACAGUGAGUGUAUCUGUAGGUGUAGAGUGUUCAAAAGAGGAGGAGAAAAAAGCAUCUGAAAGACUGACGGUUAAUUGCUCUAGAGCAUUUUACACUGUGAAGGAGCUGCUGGACAGUGAAACACAGCAUGUAAAGACUUUAAAGCUUCUGAAUGAGACCGUAGGUGCAGAUGAGCAGCUGAAUAAACUUUGGAGUGAUUUGCCAGCAAUUUGUUUACUCCACCAAGACCUCCACACUCAACUGGAAAACCGCAUUAAAGAGUGGGAUCAAAAGGAAGGCAUUGCUGACAUUCUCUUGGCGAAGAAAGCAGAGUUUUCAGUUUUCUCUUCUUUUAUUAGCCAGCAUGACUCCAAGGCGAGGACUAUGGAGCAGAUGGAGAACACACAACUGGACAUCAGUGCCUUCAAACAACAGUUGCUGCAUGUGAUAGCACGAGUCCUGCAAUACCGCAUGCUUCUAACAGAUUACAAAAACAAUCUCUCAAUACUUUCCAGAGAGUAUGAAGAUAUACAAGCUGCUAUGGAGAUGGUCUCGGAUGUAGCUGAUCAGGCAAAGGACAGACUCAAGAAUGGAGCAGAUCUUCUGCGUCUGGUCAAUAUCGAGCACAAUGUCCAGGGAUUAAAGAACCUGCUUCAGCCUGGGAGGGUGUUUGUAAAAGAGGGAACCCUGAUGAAGGUCAGCAGGAAGUGCAAACAGCCACGUCAUCUAUUCUUGAUGAGUGAUAUAAUGCUUUACACGUACCCUCAACAAGAUGGCAAAUACAGACUCAUUAAUACUCUAGCCCUGACAGGGAUGGAGGUUACUAGACAUUUGAUAGAAAAUAAUCAGAAUGCCUUGAAGAUUGAGGUCAAAGACAUUAGUAUAACACUGUUAGCAAGCUCUUCUAUUGAGAGGGAUGAUUGGUUCGUUACGCUGAAUCGUACAGUAGCUGACCUGGGCUCAUUAUUGAUAGAACCACCUGGUUUUAAUGAGAUUGGAGAGAAGUCAGGAGUAUGUCUCGGGGAGAAUGCACCACCUCUGGUGUCUGUUUCCCAGGUAGCAGUGUGUAUGAAUUGCCCCGUUCAUUUCAGCCUCACACACAGAAGGCAUCACUGUCAUGCCUGUGGCAAGGUUGUGUGCAGAGACUGCUGCAAGAACAAAGUCCCCCUGAAAUACAUGAAGAACAGACGAGCCAAAGUUUGUAAUAAGUGCUACAUUGAGCUUUGCAAAAAUGAUGGUGAUGUUGCUGUGCUAAUGGAAAGCUCCAGUCGGCCACUGUCUGCCGUUUUCCAGAACAUUCACACACCCAGUUUAUGGAGGAGUCGUAAAGGCCACUUAACCUUCAACCAUGUGACAGGAUCAGACGGUGAAAUGAGUGGGACUUUGCAGAGGAGUCGAAGUAGAAAGCGUAGCUGGAAGAGUCUGUGGUUUCUACUGAAAGAUAAAGUGCUGUAUACAUAUCCACAGCCUGAGGAGCGGGUUGCAUGUGAGUCCCUUCCUCUGCUAGGUUUCUCAGUAAAGUCAGAGAAUGAAGGAGAAAGCAGUGUUUUUCAGCUCUACCACAACACUACACUCUACUACACAUUCAAGGCUCAGGAUACACACACAGCACAGAGGUGGGUGAGUGCCAUGGAAGAGGCCACAGUCCUGUAGCAGCUGUCUAAAGAGGGCAAUUAUAUUUCUUAUUAUAAUACCAAACAACUGUGAAAUCCACACAGACCUGUUUUUUUCUUACAGUGAUACAUAUCUGAUUCGAAACUCUGAAGACAAAGAUUAUCCCACCUUAAAAUUAUUUCCUUCCAAAGAUCAAAUAAUAUCAAAUGGCAAAUUUUAUGAUGAAUUAAACUAGCGUAAUUAGUAUUAUUUAUUAGCCAAGAAAGAGAAAGAAAGCCAGAAUAUUCUGAUUUAAUGAAGAAAAGCAAUAGUUUUGACUCUAUUGAAGUUUGACUGACUAAAUUACUGCUAAAAAUCAAACCAGGCUACAUGACAACAAAUUAAGCAUUUAUAAUUUAUAUUCACUUUAAUGGGUUAGACGUUCUGACGUUUAGCUACUUAUUUGCUGUUUGUUUCCAAAGAUAGAUGCUCUAUCAAUAUAUAUGAUUACUGUUAAUUUGUUAGUUUGUUUUGUUCUCAUAUGUAUAAAUGUAAUUAUAUUACAAUUUAUUAUUAAUUGCAUCUUGCAGCAGGACUCACUGCAAUUGAGCAUUUUGGGUUUCCAUAAUAAACAUUUGAAAUGAAAGUAUAAGCACUGAAAAAUCAAAUCUACGUUAUGUGCAGUUUGUCAAAUUAUUUACAUUAAUGUAUAAUAAAGAUCAUUUGUAAAUAUCA